UAAUUUCACAAGCUUUGUGUUCCUUUUCUCUUUCGAACUACUCCCUUUAUUCUCCAUUGUUAAAAGAAGAGCCAAAUGGGAAGCGAUAGCGUAGCCGACAAAUCGGAGCGGAAGGAGAAGGAGAGGAAGAAGAAUUUAGCUCUUGCUCCCAUUGCAAAGCCACUCGCUGGCAAAAAGCUCUGUAAGAAAACCCUUAAGUUCGUCCGCAGAGCUGCUGAGCACAAGUGUUUGAAGAGAGGAGUAAAGGAAGUUGUUAAAAGCAUUCGUCGCGGUCAUAAGGGGUUAUGUGUUAUAGCUGGAAACAUAUCUCCCAUUGAUGUCAUAACUCAUGUUCCAAUCCUAUGUGAAGAGGCCGAUAUUCCCUAUAUUUAUGUUCCUUCAAAAGAAGAACUUGCAACCGCAGGAGCUACCAAGAGACCUACGUGCUGCGUUCUGGUGCUAACCAAGCCGUCCAAAGGCGAACUAGACCCAGCAGGGCAAGAAAAGAUAAAGGACAAGUAUAGCCAGAUAGUAGCGGAUAUAUCAGAGCUUGCAUCAUCUCUUUUUUAAUUAACCUAAGAAAUGAAAUUGUUGUGAUUUUCAUAUUU